AAGUAAGGAUACCAAAGAAAGGCAGAUUAGAGCCAUUGACACCUCCACGACAGCCACGGAGAUGGUCAGUGUUGACGUUGUUCUCGAAAAUUUCUCUCUAUGUAUUCACAUACGUGGAGGAAAACGAUUCGAAAUUCUGAAGGCAUAAGCACAUUUUUUGAAGCCGGCAAAGUCAAUGUCAUUCUUGGACCUUCCGGGAGUGGAAAAUCAUCAUUGUUGAACUUGAUGGCACAGCAUCGGAAAUCCAGCCUUCGGAUGGUAUACACUGUGGAAGGAGAGUUGAAGCUGAAUGACCGUCCAGUUAACACCGACAUCAUCGACACUCUAUGUUCUUAUGUGACUCAGGAUGACACGGCUCUCCUUCCAUAUCUUACUGUCCGCGAUACCUUAGAGUUCGCCACUGCCCUUAGACUUCCGAAUUGGAUGUCAAAGGAACAGAAGUUGCAGAAGGCUGGUGAGGUGAUGAAGAAGGUGGGAUUGACGGGCUGUGCCGAUACACUCGUCGGCAAUGAGUUACUGAAGGGUAUUUCUGGAGGGGAGAAGUGCAGAGUCAGCAUUGCGAUCCAAGCGCUGACAGAGCCUCGCAUCUUGAUCCUACCUCUGGACUGGACGCAUUUACUGUAGCGUCCAUCAUGGAUCUGCUACGACAGUUGCAGGUGAAGGCCGAACAAUAAUAACCACACUGCACCAGAGCUCCUGGGAGUUGUUCAAGCAUUUUGG